GGGGGUGUUGUGGUCAGUGCUCUCUGGGUCUGGACUGGUUGAAGCUCCCAGAUGAAGUCUUCCUGGCUCCAGAGGACUGUCCACUGGAUAGUGUGCUGGAAGUCCAUACGGCGGAAGAGCCACAGAAAAAUAACACUGGUGAUGGUUGGACUUGACAACGCUGGGAAGACUGCUACAGUACGCGGGAUCCAGGGAGAGAGCCCAGAGGACGUGGCCCCUACGGUAGGGUUCUCCAAGGUGGAUCUGAAGCAGGGGAAGUUUGAGGUCACCAUCUUUGACCUGGGCGGAGGGAAGAGGAUCAGGGGCAUCUGGAAGAACUACUACAGCGAGUCGUACGGGGUGGUGUUCGUGGUGGACUCCAGUGAUGUUCAGAGGAUCCAGGAGACCAGGGACACUAUGGCUGAGGUCCUCCGACACCCUCGCAUCUCUGGGAAACCUGUCCUAGUAUUGGCUAACAAGCAGGAUCGGGACGGGGCAUUGGCUGAGGCAGACAUCAUUGAGAACCUGUCAUUGGAGAAGCUAGUGAACGAGAACAAGUGUCUCUGUCAGAUCGUGAGUGAUGCUGUGGUUUAUCUUUCAAUACUUCACCUGCAGUGA